AUGAGACGUUACCCUCCAAAGACUCCAACGUCUGAUAUGAAUCGUGCAACUUCACCAACUUUACUUAAUAAUUCACUUACAAAUCGUCUUAUCAACGAGACUUCCGAAAAAUCUGAAGUACCAGGCUCAAACGAUUCAGCUUUGAAUCCAUUUAAAUAUUCUAAAGAAUACAUGCUUAAACUAUAUAAGCCUGUAGGGCUACCUUUAGAGUUUGAAAGACAUGAAUAUGUUACAAGCGAGGAACCAUUACAGCCCAUGGCUACAAUAGCACUAACGGAACAAGAACAAAAGUUAUUGUCAGGUACUUCUGUUAAUAGUGAUCUUACUCGUCGUAUUAUCUCUAAUGCCACAGGUGGGACCAUCACAGGUGGUGAACGUACAGAAAGGGAAAGGCCACCUUACCCUCGUGGAGAAAAACACAUUUCCACAGCAUUGACCUCGCCAAAAAACGAUCGUUUUACUGGAAUUAUAGGGGGCGUACUUAAUAAUGGUCGAACGAGUCCACAUGAUCCGGUAUGGAAUGGCGUCACCAGGCAUACUGUUGGUACUUUUGACAGUAAUGGUGUCUUUCGAAUUCCGGGAGAACAAGAGUUUGAAAAGAAGGCCCCAAUAGAAAAUUCGACCUCUUCUAAUAAAAUUUCUCAAAAUGGUGAUGUCCUGCUACACAAAAAAGAGUGGACAGAUGUACAUGAUAAGUUUCCACAUAACUCUUCCCCAAAAGAAGACGACGAAAAAGAAGAAAAUAUGAUCGAACAAAUUCGAAAUGAUAAUUUGGAUUCGCCUGAACAAAAACAUUCGAAUCGAGAAGCUCCAAAUAAAACACUCGAAGAAUCAAAUGAAACUAGUGAUGAAGUUGAAUCAGAAAACGGUCGCGAUAAUUUAUUGAUUGAGCAGCAGCAACAAUUUUUAAAUCAAUUAAGUAUACAAGAUGAAAAAGAAAAGGAGGAACGACAGCUCUUAAAGGAUAACGAAGAGAUAAGGAGAUUCCACAUAGGUGGUAAUUCUCCUCCACUAUCCCCUACUGCAAAGAAUCCUAAAUAUUCUUCUGCGCAUUCUAUCAUUAAUGCAGCUAAUGGGGUGACUAGUCUUUUUGCUAAUGCUGCAAUAAAUCCUGAGCCGAGGAAACUUCCUGUAGAACCAAAUUCUAAAUGGUUAUAUCGUGAUCCAACUGGCAAUAUACAAGGUCCAUUCACUAGUCAAGAGAUGAAUGAUUGGUAUAAAGGUGGUUUCUUCAGAACUAAUUUGUUGGUUAAAAGAGUUGAAGACCAGACAUUUGAACCAUUAGGUACAUUAAUUAGAAAAACUAAUGAUGAAGAUCGACCAUUUUCCGCACCUGUAAUUGUUAAUCGGCCUAAUUUAACAAUCGCAACUGCAAAUAAUACAUCAAGAUUAGUUAAUGAUCCAUUUCAACGUAACUGGGUUGCGCCUAAUUCACCGAGUACUGCACAAUUAUUUAUGGAUCAUCAACAGAGAUUUAAUCCGUUUGGUGCAGCUACAACAGCAGCUACUACAACAACAUCUGUUCCCAAUACUCCUUUUGAACGGUAUCAAUUUGGUGGUGUUUUCGGGAGAAAUGAUAUUACAAAUGGUUGGGGUGAUUUUACAUCUACUACAAAUAAUAGUAAUGCAUGGGUAACGGCAACAGAAGGAUUCAAUUCAAAUGCAGCCAACGCUCCUACCGGAACAUUUAUUGAUGCGUUGACAAGAAAUUCCGGAUGGCAUAAUACAACGGAUCAACAACAACCGCCACCUCCAUCGCCAUGGAGUGUCAUUGCGCCUAAUGUUGGCAUUACACCUUCACGUAUUCCACCAACUGAUGAGAUUGGAUAUUUUGGUGUUAGAAAAGAACCAAAUAUUCCUUUAACACAGUUACCACACACUACUUCUCAUAUAGAACAACUACAACCUCAGAAUAAUAUAAUUAUUGGAAACGUUGAGACUGAAUCAUCAUCAUUUAAAAAUAAACCAGAAGUGUUAAAGACUGAUCCUGUUCAAAAAGAAAAAUCAUAUAUUAAGCCUUCAUUCCGUGAAAUUCAAGCAGAGGAAGAACGUAAUGCUUGGUCAAACAAUAGUCCAGUGAAUGCAUCUUCACCGGCACCAUGGGCUAAAGAUGAAGAACAUUCAACAACUCACAAAGCACCAUCUUUACGAGAAAUUCAAGAAGUGGAAGCACGUAAAGCUGCAGAACGUAAAGCUAUAGCAGCGGCAGCAGCUACUGCUUCUACUGCUACGACAUCUACAGCAUCCAACAUCAGUUCAAAUGCUACUGCAAGCAAAGAUGAGGUUAUUACAGCAAGUUGGGGAAUCACUGUGCCUUCAUCAUCUAAUGAAUCAAAUUCGUCUUCAUCAUCCACUUCGCCUACUAUUACUACACCUGCCUGGCAAUCCAUGACAACCGGUGGAGCGGUUGGAGUAGUGGGUAGUGUUGUUGUUAAGAAGCCACCACCAACACCGACGACGACGAUUACAAACACAAACACAAAUACAGUGUCUACACCUUGGAUUACUGUUGCUAGCAAAUCAUCUAAUAGAGCAUCAACAGUAGCUUCGACCUCAGUAAAUACGACAUCUAAUGCUACAACUCAUAAUGGGUUGACAAAAUCAAAUAAUACGACCAACACUACUAUUACUUCAAAGGAUUCAACAUCAGCAUGGGAUACAGUUGAAUUUCAAAAAGGAAAUAAUAUUUUACAGAAUAGUUCUAGACCUCAAAGUGGCCAAUCAGUCAAACAGAAAGAUGCCAAUAAAAGUACAACAAAAGGUGCUCCUAAAUCUAAUAACGCAAGUUCCACAGGAGGAGGAAAUAUUUCUUCGGAAAAUACUAAUACGCUACGCCCACCUUCAGAUGAAUUUUUGAAAUGGUGUAGACAAGCUUUACGUGGAUUAAAUAAUGAUGCCAAUGCUGAUGAUUGUAUACAAAUGUUGCUCACAUUUCCACUUGACCCGCCACCAGCAACCAUUGAAAUUAUACAAGAUAUCAUAUAUGCACAUUCAUCAUCGUUAGAUGGGCGACGAUUUGCUGAUGAAUUUAUUAAAAGGAGAAAAGCAGAUGUUAACUCAGCCGGUUCAGGUGUUAAUCAUUCCGAAGGUAGAUCAAGCAAAGAAACAGGGCCAGGGGUUUUGAAUGUUAAAGAUGAUUAUUCUGGUAAUGGUGGUGGUGUUGGAACAUUUAAAAUUGUCACAACCAAAAAAGGCAAAAAAAAACAUUAG